AUGGUCUCUAUGGUCGAGACCUCCCGCCCCGAGCAGAAUGACACGGUCAUGGACCCGGUCGUACCCAAGUCCGAACCGUUGCCAGAUGGCUCGAUCAGCUCCGCGGUCUCAACGCCGGACGCAGAGGCCGAGCCGAUGAAUCAAGAGGCCGCGCAGACUCAGAAGAGAAAAGGUGGUCGCAAACCUAUCUAUGCCACCUCCGAAGAACGCAAACAGCGAAACCGACAGGCGCAAGCCGCGUUCCGCGAGCGACGCACCGAGUAUAUCCGCCAACUCGAGACCACCAUCAAGCGCAAUGAGGAGCAGCUGCAGAGCCUCCAGCAGAGUCACCGCAGCGCCGCCGACGAGUGUCUGAUGCUGCGAUAUAAGAACUCCUUGCUGGAACGCAUCCUGCUCGAGAAGGGCAUCGAUGUCCAAGCCGAAUUGCGACUGAAGACCGGGGCGCCGGGCGCCGCGGCCAAGCCACCAGCUCCCAACCCCAUGCCUCCCAAGUCGGCCCCAGGUCCGCCAGGCCCCCGUCCGACGCAACGGCAUCCCGCUAGCAUGGCCUCCAAGCCCGACGCGUUCGGCAUCUCGCAGCGCGAGGGUGCCUACGGGGUCCAGUCGCCGCAAUUCCAGGCGACCCCCACUUCUCACGUCUCCUCGCCAUCGCACGCCAAGUCGCCUGGCUUUGGCUUCCAGGGCGGCAUGUCACCCGUGGGUGUAGAUGUACAAGGUGCUGGGCGCCCGCAGCAGCAGCUCCUGCCGCAGCCUCGUACCUUUAACAACCAGACCUCGCCACCAGCCAUCAGUAUGCCCCAGACAGAUCCUACAGAUCCGAAGCCGCGGAGGCCUGGCGCUGGGCGAGUGGCCGCGGCAUAUUACCCUUCUCCUUUCCAAAAGCAUUACGAUCAACUUGAACAAGAAUAUGAUGCCCAAGCAGAUAUGGUGGACGAUGACCAUGAUGGUUCCGUCCACGGCUCUUUUGUCCCCGGUUUUACACCACAGUCCGUUACUUCAGGCUCACACAGCCUGUCGGGGUUCAAUCCAGGCUCUGGGGAUGGUGCAGCCGGAGACUUUGCCCAUGCAAACCAGUUGCUGGGCCAGUAUGAACCGAUGCUGGACACUGAUCCGUUCGGGCUGAGUGCCAGCAUGCAUUUCCCAACGCCGUUCAAUUACGAGCAGAAUAAUCCACGGAGCUAG